UUCAGUAUCCUAUUGGCCGUCUGAUGAACAUCUGGAAAACCCUGGUAGAGGUUUCUACCGCAUGUUUGAAACCAAGGCUAGCAAUUUCAUACCGCUUACUGUGCACCAUUUGGAUUCUGUUCGGAAUAGCGCUGGCAUCAACACUGGUUUACGGGUGUACAUUAUAGACACCUUUGUCCACACGGAUAUCUCGAAUUCGUUUCUCGAACACAUCCGUCGUGAUAUGCAGAUCGUUAGAGAUGCGGGCUGGACGAUGGCACUACGGUUCCAUUAAACCAACAUUCAACGAAGCCAUGCACCUUACGGCGAUGCCACGAAGGCAGUGAUGCUACAACACAUCAGACAGCUUAGUCCAAUAUGGCACGAAUAUGAAGGCGUCAUUUCAGUCAUUCAAGCCGGCUUCAUUGGAACUUGGGGCGAGUGGUAUUACACGACAUAUUUCGGAGAUCCAGACCACCACCCUCUGACUGACAGAAACUGGCACGAUCGACGAGAAAUCCUAAUGGUCAUCAUCACACACUCUCCCUCGACAAUUCCAAUUCAAGUGAGAACACCGUCUUAUAAAAUGCACGCCUGUGGAACGACAAGGGCUGCCACUCUCGCGGAUGCUCACCACAACGACUGCAUCGGUCGAACAGGACACCACAACGACUGUUUUCUAGCGAGUGACUCUGAUGUCGGGACCUACCACGACACGGCAACAGAGAAACCGUAUCUGGCUGGAGACACGCGCUAUUUACCCAUCAGUGGAGAAACCUGCGGACGGAGCGUUGAUUCACAUAACCACAGAACACAUAGAAGUGACUGUCCGACUGCCCAAAAGGAAUUAAAGGAAUUUCAUUGGUCAAUUCUGCACGACGGCUACCAUCCGGAUGUUCUUUCUGAUUGGAAGAGACAAGGGUGUUUUAAUGAAAUACAUAAAUUACUUGGUUACAGACUUUCGUUGAAGAAGGUCAUUCUACCGACCACAGUGCAAGUUGGAGGGGAGGUGUGUUAUCACAUUGCUUUGGAAAACACAGGUUACGCCGCUCCGUACAAACCCUGGAAGGUCGCCCUCGUUUUCAAGUCACAUAGGGGCAGUCACUACUUUGCCGCAGACCUCAGUAACGUUGAUGCGAAAUCCUGGCUCCCAGGCAUCGACCAUAUCCUGUCUGGAGCAAUCAAACUUUCAACUCAUGUGCACAGUGGAACGUAUGACGUGUACCUGGCAAUCUAUGAUGACAAGAUGAAGCACCACGCAGACUAUUACAUACUUCUGGCAAACGGCGGUGUACCUCUCAACUCCGCCGGGUUGAAUUCCUUGAAAACAACCAUCCACGUAUCUGGACUACAUUCUUCAUCGAGCACCUGCCGCUCUGUCAACGCCUGGACACCUCCCACCCAUGGGCGUUACUCGAGAGUGUUUGGCCCAUCUGGAACAACCGGAAGCAGUCAACAUUCUGUUUGUACAGAGAUCAACGUUCCUGACGGCUCGUUUGAAAAUCACGAUAACACGGCUUGGGCGCCAUACCAUGGCGGUUAUACUUUCGUGACGUCAGAGGCCCAACAUGGUACAAGUAGUAUCAAGGUUAUAAAUGGCGGCGCUGACCACUACUUUCGAUUCAGUCCACCAAAAACGAAGUUCAUUCUGACGGGAUACAGCAAAAUGAUUGGCUCAGCACACAGUGAAGCCAAUGACUACAGCAUUUUCUGUGAUUUAGAGAAGCCAGAUGGAUCGCAUGUCUGGGGGAAAUAUGCAGCAUUCCAGCAAGGAAAUUCGCAGUGGCACAAGGCAACUCUUCAAGUUCACCUUAAUGAGGGAAUUGCAGUAGCAAGAUGUUAUUUGCUCUUUCGUAAUUUUGCAAGUGGAACAGCUUAUUUUGACAACGUUAAAAUGUGGAAUGUUCCUGUCUCGGUAGACCCUAACACGUGUGGCGUGUAACAUUUUGUCGUAGUCAAGUGGAAUAAGUAGAUAUUUGAUUAUACAUA